AUGAGCCAAUACUCGCCAAAAAAACAUGCAAAGUCGCAGUCGUCGUAUGCGUUUGAAAACACAACAACGACUGUUGCUGCCAGUCAGAUGCGCAACGCGCUCAACAAGAUGAUUGACGAUGUGGCCGAGCCAGAAGUCCGUGCCAAGUUUGAAACCGAGAUGGACACCUUUUUUGCGCUGUUCAGACGGUACUUGACCGAUAAGGCCUCCGGAACCACUCUUGAUUGGGAUCACAUCCGCUCACCGGACCACGACGAAGUGGUGGAUUAUCAAACCUUGCAGGAUGCCAAUGCAGCCAACCUAUCGAAACUGGCUGUUUUGAAGUUGAACGGUGGUCUCGGAACAUCCAUGGGAUGUGUAGGCCCCAAGAGUGUUAUCGAAGUCAGGGACGGCCAAUCGUUUCUGGAUCUUUCGGUUCGCCAGAUCGAGUAUCUCAACAGGACCUUUGAUACAGAUGUUCCUCUUUUACUUAUGAACUCAUUCAACACCGAUGACGAUACUCAGCACUUGGUUAAGAAGUACCAGGGUCACCGUAUUCGCAUCAGAACUUUCAACCAGUCCAGAUACCCACGUAUCUACAAGGAUUCGUUGUUGCCAGUUCCUCAAUCUCUAGAGGACGACCACGAUGCCUGGUAUCCUCCAGGCCAUGGUGACAUAUUUGAGAGUCUUGUUUCUUCUGGUGAGCUGGAUGUGUUGCUGGAGCAAGGAAAAGAGAUUCUUUUUGUUUCCAACGGAGACAACCUCGGAGCCACAGUUGACCCUAAGAUCCUGAAUCACAUGAUUGAGACUGGUGCCGAGUAUAUCAUGGAGUUGACCGACAAGACCAGAGCUGACGUCAAGGGUGGAACCCUCAUCAACUAUGACGGGACCAUCCGUCUUCUGGAAAUUGCUCAGGUCCCCAAAGAGCAUGUGGAGGAGUUCAAGUCUAUCAAGAAGUUCAAGAACUUUAACACUAACAAUUUGUGGAUCAACCUCAAGGCCAUCAAGAGACUCGUGGAGGCCAAUGCCAUCCAGGUGGAAAUCAUCCCCAACCAGAAAUCCAUCACCGUUGGUAACAUGGACAUCAAUGUGUUGCAGUUGGAGACUGCCGUUGGCGCCGCCAUUAGACACUUCAAUGGAGCCCAUGGUGUUGUCGUUCCCAGAUCCAGGUUCUUGCCUGUGAAGACCUGUUCUGACUUGAUGCUGGUCAAGUCAGAUCUGUUCUACUUGCAACACGGUGCCCUGAAAAUGGACCCUUCAAGAUUCGGCGCUGCUCCUUUGAUCAAGCUGGGUUCUGACUUCAAGAAGGUUAGCGGUUUCCAAAGCAGGAUACCUCACAUGCCAAAGAUCCUGGAGCUUGACCAUCUUACCGUUACUGGAAAUGUUAACUUCGGAAAGGGCGUCCAGCUGAGGGGAACUGUCAUCAUUGUUUGCAACGACGGCCAGAAGAUUGAUAUUCCAAAUGGCUCCAUUUUGGAAAAUGUGGUUGUUACUGGUAACUUGUCGAUCCUGGAGCAUUAA